AUGUCAGAGUCCAGUGGUAAAGAUUUGGUGGAGGAAGUUGGGGAAGAAGCGUUCGAUGGUAACGAUAUUGAGAAUAACGAAAAGAAGGUGUACGAGGAGUCCUUGGACUUGGAUCUAUCGUGUGCCAGGAAGAAGAUUUGGCUUGUUCGUCUACCCAAGUUUCUAGCUGAGAAGUGGAGAGAUCGUACGCGGUUGCAUGGACAAGAGUUGGGUAAGGUGCGUAUCAAUAAUAGCGACCACUCUAUCCAGUUAUUGUUGAAUGAGGACGAGGAUAACAAGGAUAUUCCUCACGAAUAUGACCUCGAACUAACGAAGAAGGAGGUUGCGAACGAGUAUGUAUUCACGGAACAGAACUUGAAGAAGUACCAGCAGUUUGCUAAGGAGUUGGAGUCCAACCCAGAGUUGCAAAGACAGGCAUAUUUAAGGAAACAGGAAAGAGAGGAAGAGAUGAAGAAGAAACAGCAACAAAUGAAGCGUAAGUACAACAAGAGGAGAUUCCAACACCGUGUGAUGACCGAUAGAGAUGGUAGAGACAGAUACAUUCCGUAUGUGAAAACCAUUCCCAAGAAGACAGCCAUCACAGGGAAAGUUUACCAUGAAUGUCAAGUCAUGCCAUCUAUUGACGAUCCAAACUACCACACUAUCGUGGAACACAGAAGACAAAUCGUGAGAAAUAUCCAUAAACCAACGGUCACAGUGCUCGAUCAAACGCCUGGUGUUACAAUGAGUAAUGCUGGUAUGUCGAUGAGAUCAGAUACCUCCAAGUUCUUGAAAGUCGGGAAGGAGAAGAAGAACAAUGCAAGGGCCAUCCGUUUGCCAAAGAAAGAGCUCUUGGAUCUUUUAUUCAAGCUAUUUGAUGAGUACGAUUAUUGGUCCUUGAAGGGUUUGAAAGAGAGAACUAGACAGCCGGAGGCAUAUUUGAAGGAAUCGUUAGACCAAGUCGCAAUGUUAGUCAAGAAGGGUCCUUACGCAUUGAAAUAUACUUUGAAAUCGGAAUAUAAAAAGUUGAAGGAAGCUGAGAGAGCUGCUACUCUUGGUGAGCUAGCCCAAAACUCAGAAGAUGCAGAACAGCUCGCACAGGAACAAUUAGACCAGGCACAAGAACACGAUCAAGAAGAAGAAGAGCUCGAAGGCGUUGAAAUGGAAGAUGUUUUGUGA